GCCACAGAUUCGCCACACGGAGUGGAAGGACUAUGAAAGUGACGAAGGCUUGAUGUAGGGGGGUUUUAAAGAAGGCUCGAGAAGUGUUUUCUUAUUUUUAAAGAGUGGCACACCAAAGAUUUACAAGAAUACACAGCCAAAAUGCUCUGCCACGUUACUCGUCCGGAUGCGGUGGUGAUGGAGGUGGAAGUUGAUGCGAAGGCGAACGGUGAAGACUGUCUGAAUAAGGUUUGCAGAAAGUUGGGCAUAAUUGAGGUAGACUACUUUGGGCUGCAGUUCACAGGCAGCAAGGGAGAGAACCUGUGGCUCAAUCUGAGGAACCGCAUCUGCCAGCAAAUGGACAAUGUGACGCCCUGUCGACUGAGGCUGCGGGUCAAGUUCUUUGUGGAGCCCCAUCUCAUUCUGCAGGAACAGACAAGACAUGUCUUCUUCAUGCACGUGAAGGAGGACCUCCAUAACGGUCACUUACGCAUGGGCUCUGAACAAGCGGAGGAGCUGAGCGCACUCCUGGCACAGGCCGAGUUUGGCGACUACAACCAAAACACAGCCAAGUACUGGUACUCGGAGCUAUGCGGAGAGGAGCCCAGCACUGCCACCAUCAACAGUAUCGUAUCCAGACACAAGGCUCUGGAAGGUUUGAGCCAGGGCUCGGUGGAGUAUCAGGCCCUGCAGCUGGUCUCGUCUCUGGAGCAUUACGGCGUUGAGUGGCACUGGGCUCGUGAUGCAAAUGGGCAACGGUUGGCCAUAGGAGUCGGCCCAGAGGGUAUCGCCAUUUGCAAGGAGGACUUCAGCUUAGUCAACAGAAUAAGCUAUCCAAUCAUUCAGAUCGCCACCCAGUCGGGGAAGAGUGUGUACUUGACGGUUACCAAGGACACAAGUGACAGCGUGGUGCUUUUGUUCAAGCUGAUCAGUAAUCGGGCAGCCAGUGGUCUGUACCGGGCCAUCACAGAGACCCACGCCUUCUACAGGUGUGACACUGUCACUAACGCAGUGAUGAUGCAGUACAGCAGAGACUUUAAAGGCCACCUUGCUUCCCUCUUCCUCAACGAAAACAUCAACCUGGGCAAGAAGUACGUCUUCGACAUCCGACGCACCUCCAAGGAAGUGUACGACCACGCCCGGCGCGCUCUCUACAACUCCGGUGUUGUGGACCUGAUGUCUGGCGGCGGCGAACGCUCCUCUCCUUCACGCUCCCCGAGCCGAGACGACCAGCAGGACGAGGGGCUGGACUGCGGCAGCUGCCAGCAGAGCCGAGCGCUGCAGGAGCGGCUGCAGAAGCUCAGAGAGGCUCUGUUGUGCAUGCUCUGCUGCGAGGAGGAGAUAGAUGCUGCGUUCUGCCCCUGCGGCCAUAUGGUGUGUUGCCAGACCUGCGCAAAUCAGCUGCAGUUGUGUCCUGUGUGUCGGUCGGAGGUGGAGCACGUGCAGCACGUCUACCUGCCCACCUGCACCAGCCUGCUGAACCUGACGCUGACCGACAACCACCAGCACCGCAGCAACAUCCCCGCGCCCAUCCACAGAGAAAUGGCUUCUCCUCACAGCUGCUCUGCCACAGAGUACGAGCACAAGAUCUACCACACUUAAAGACAACUCCACCAAACUCCAUCAUGGACUCGACUUAAAUCAGCCAGAUUAUGGUUUCAUAAAGAAGGAACAUUUCUCGUCCAUCUGUGUCUCCUGCCUGGACUCCAUGAACUACCAAACGUAAAGAAACUCCUGAGCAUAAUCAAAGAUGACACACUCAAACCACUCCCUCAACUUGUGUGUGUGUGCGUGUGUGUGCGUGUGUGCGCGUGUGUGCGCGUGUGUUUUAUUAUUUACCUUCGUCCCUUUGAGCUGCCAGUGUAUCUGGUUGGUUCUUAGUAUUGUUGCCGUUGGUUUGUUUGUCAUUCUGUCCAAAUCUUGUUUGUUCGAAACACCCCCUGCCACAAGAUGAUUUUAGAUUAGACUCUUAUUGACCUUAAAUUAUUGCAUCAGUUGACCUGAUACAGAAACACUUUUGUUUUUGAAUUAUUAUUGUUAGUUGUUUUUUCCUAGCUCCAUUUCAGACUCCUAGCCCCAGAACCCGAACCAUACGAGUGUGUAUGUUUUAGAAUAGCUAAACACUGUAUAUAAUGUCUGUCUUUUUCUUUUUUCAUUUUUAAUGCUUCUUGACAUUUUAAAGCUUAUUUGUUUUUUGAUUUGAGAGCUGAAUUUUACAGUGCAAGAGAGUGAAAUGCUUUUUUUUUUUUUUUUUUUUUUUUAAAUAUUUUAUUUCUUGUUUUUCAUGUUCCAUGUUUUCCAUGCCAAUUAGGGGGGUAUUUAGAGGCUAAGCAGCGCUGCAUAUUAAUGAGACACACCAGGUGCUAAGGCCACCACGGUCCCGUUCUUGUGAUCUCUGGGUUAAAUGGGGUUCUCAAGGGUUCUUUUACUCCACCAACCAGAACUGCGACCUUGGCAGCAUCUUGCUGACACUCCCGCAACCUCCUUCACCUCGAAACUGGUUUUGUUGAUUAACUGCCUCUUGUCCAAAACAACAAGCCCAGUUUCACAGACUGAUGCGCCUUUAACUUUCAGUUAGCAUGGAGAUAAAAAUGUAAGAAAUUAAGAGGACAAACUGUCCCUCUGUUAAACACCGAACCACAGAGUUGUAUACAAAGAAAACUAGGAAUGUGUCCAGCAGCAGCUGCUUCCUCUGAAAACCUCAACUAUAAAUUUCUUCUCUGGGGUGGACUUGUGAGUUCCUUUUUGAUAUUUCUAAAGGGUACUAGGAGAUCUGUCUGUGCAAUACUUGCUUGCUUUUUGAAAAAAGCUUUUCAUUUUCAAGUUUUAUUUAAUUUCAAAGACUAUAUUUAAGAGAAAAACAAACAAACAACAUUGUCACUUUACCAAGGAAGUUUUCCACAUGUCUGUAGGAGGUUUGGCCUUAAUGUAGCAGCAACACCAUGUUUAUUAUAAACUGUCCACAGACUUUUUUUCUGGUGAGAAAAGGAAAACUUUGAUUUCUUUAACGCUGACUCGAUUAAGCUCAGCUGCUGCAGGGGAAGGACUUUUAUUUUUCACAAUGUACAAGUAGCGAUUUGUUUCUGUUUUCUGAAGCAAAAGCCACUAUGCUCUGUAAAAUAACUCAGAAUUAAAUCCUUUUUAUAUAUUCUGUUUUUAACAAAGAGAAAGUAUUAAUAAAGUUGUUUUUUAAAAA